CCCUUUGAGCAAUUAUAACAUUGGCUGCUUACUCAUACCAGAUUCCUUACGAUUGGCUGGGACUGCAAAUAAAACGUUGUUUGCCUAUAAUGAGGUCAAUAAGCUGCUACAUAAAUGCACACAAGUUCCCAGUCUUAAAACGACACGAAGCAUUUGCUAUCUUCUUUCCUUUUAUUAUUUUCAUGUGAAACCUGGAGGGUAAACAUUUGCCCUGGCCAAAAGAAAAGGUCUUUGAAGGGAGAAAAAAACCCCAAAAACCCUAAAAUGGGUCUACUGAGUUCUAAAAACCCCAAAACCAAGCAAGCCCGGAUUCUUCUUUUGGGACUUGACUCAGCUGGGAAGUCUACCCUCCUUUACAAAUUAAAGCUUGCUAAGGAUAUUACGACCAUCCCAACAAUAGGUUUCAACGUGGAGAUGAUCGAGUUGGAAAAGAGUCUUUCACUCACAGUCUGGGAUGUUGGAGGACAGGAAAAAAUGAGAACCGUGUGGGAGUAUUACUGUGAGAACACCGAUGGGCUGAUGUAUGUUGUGGAUAGUACAGACAAGCAGCGACUGGAAGACUCCAGGAGAGAGCUGAAGCACAUUUUGAAGAAUGAACACAUUAAAAAUGUGCCUGUUGUCCUGUUAGCCAACAAACAGGAUGUACCUGGAGCUCUGACUGCCGAGGACAUCACCAGAAUGUUCAGAGUGAAGAAGCUCUGCAGUGACCGGAACUGGUAUGUGCAGCCCUGCUGUGCCGUCACCGGGGAUGGACUGAUGGAGGCGUUCAGGAAAUUGACUGGAUUUGUGAAAAGCCACAUGAAAUCAAGAGGAGACACUUUAGCAUUCUUUAAGCAGAACUGAGGUCCAAGCAGUGACGUAUUGGUGAAAUUGAAAGGGUAAUUUUUUUCCUAUGCCAAGUGAGAAAAGCAAGUUGCCGAGUUAGCAAACUUUUCCUAAAAGGUUAUCUCACCUAAAUUCAGCUAAAAACUUAGAAUAAUAUCUAGAAAAUAUUAUUUUUGGCCAGGCACUUUAGUAAACUAUGUGGUAAUGAUAGUUGAGAAUAAAAUCUUACAAUUUUGUGCAUGUUGGAUAAAUAAGAAUAAUUGUGUUUGGGACCAAAUAAAUUAUUGCUUUAUUGUUUUUAUAUGACUACUAGAACAAAAUUUAAGUAAACUGCUAAUCGGGUCAGAAUUCUUUCAGAUGGUUUCCAGCUGUUACAGUAUUGAAUUUCUACCACACUCCUAUGGAACAGCCAGUAAAAAAAUAGAACUUUAAAUUAUGGCGAGGAAGAAGUUUGGUGUUAACAUCUUGUAGAUCCCUAUGCCUUAAAUGAAGUUUUUUUCUGGAUUCCUGCCAACUCUUUGAAAUCUAUUGCUGGGAACUUCCUACAGUGAGUCAAACAAGGAACUUCAGGCUGUUAAUUGCCCAGAAACAUAGGAAGAAGUUUAUACCUUAAAGUUCUGGGGAUCAGGGUAGCUAGCUCCUUAGAGUUUAGGGCGAGGCCUGGGUUUUGCUCAGCUUGAGGUUGUAGCCCCAAGAUGGGCUUAUGUAGAAUUCGGUAGAACAGUCAUUACUUGGGAAUAUAUGUACAGCUCACUGCACUGAUCAAACAGGAACCAGAGCCAGACUUUAAUCUCAGAGUCUUUGCAAUUCACAGGAGGAAACAACAUAAAGCUAGUAGCUAGAAUAGGGCAAUAAGUACUAUGUGCGAUAACAGGAGCAACUCUUUUCUGACCUGGGAAAACAGGAAGUGCUUCAUGCAGGAGGUAGUCUUUAAGAAGGUCCCCAACUCCUAGGGACCCAUGAAGGUGGAGGUUAGUCACUGGAAGUUCCCAUCACUAGAAGACCCUAAAGAGCCACUGCUGGGGAGGGGAGAAGGAACUGGGGACUGAAUUGGAAUGCCCCUGACAGGCAUCGAACUCCCAGGAAGGUCCUGGUGCUGACAGAUGACACUUUCUGCCUGCCCCACCUCUAACAAAGCUCAUUCGGGCUAGAAGCAGCAUGCCUCAGGCCCUGACAGCAGCCCCCGGGGCUCCAAAUCUUAAGGUCACGGAAGAAAAUAAAUGUUCAAGGGUGCUAGCCCCUGAAUUCCUCUCAUGGUUUCCUUCUCUCGCCCUAGCCAUGAUCUUGCUAGCAAAGAUCUGAGUGCUGCAUGGUAGGGAUUCAAAUAUAAAGUAGACAUACACAUGGUAACAGUUACCAUUGG